GAGGCGCGGCAGAAAUGCGCACGCGCCGCGUGGGCUGCUGGUUACCAUAGUAACCAGAGCCGCUGGCUGCGGCACUCGUGCCUGGAAUUCCGCAGCUUUUGUGCCCGGCGCCCGCAGUGGUCACUCGGAGCCCGCCAGCCGCUCUGCCUGAGGAGGGGACACCAGCGGGGGCCUAACAGUAGGGCCCUGCCGUGGCCUCACAGAACAGAAUGGAGGCAGUGACCAAAGAACCAGCGUUCCGGCGCUGCCCCAAGUCGGCUGCUUAUACCCCAGAGACCUGCAAGCUGCUCAAAGAGAUGAUGAAGGAAUCCAAACUAACCAGCUUCCAGCAGCGCUACCUCACGGACACUAUGAGAAGAGGAGACCCUUUGCCCCUACAGUGCAGUCCGACAUCCAGCCAGCAAGGCUCACCUUCCAAACAGCUGCCACCAGCCACCCACCUGCCUCCUGCCCUGGCAGCCCGGUCUCGCCUCCGGCCUGCCAGCAUGUGCCAAGCCAACGGGGCCUACAGCCGUGAGCAGUUCAAGCCUCGAGCCACCAGUGAGUUGAAGCCACCCACCUUGGUUGGGGACUUUCCUCUGGGGACGGGGUGGGGGCGUAUCUGGAGACUAUCUCAACUUGACAAGCUCAGGAGCACCCAGGAGGGAGGCUGCUGGGUCUGCACACCUGUCCCUUGCCAGACAGGCUGCAGCUCGAUGCGUGCCCACCUGAACAUGCAACCGGAGAGAGCUUUACGCCUCAACUUGGCCAUUUGGGGGCCCUACAGGAGAUCUGGAAAAGGAGAAGCAAAGACUCCAAACUAUCUUUGCCACCGGGAAGGACCUGGCAGAAUGGAAAAGAAAGGCAGCCCCUGUGCCGCAGCAGGACCCAGCUCCUGAGCCUGACCGCUUUGAAGAACUUGUGAAGGAAAUCCAGGAGAGGAAGGAAUUCCUGGAUGCCAUGGAGGCCCUGGGGCAGGGCAAGAAGUACCAAGGGAUCAUCCUGGCUGAAAUCUCCCAGGUAGGAGGAGCCAGGAAAGCGGGCAGGGGCGGGCCCAGAGGGCGGAGUCAGAGUGAGGAGAAACCCCAGUCUCAGGAGUUGAGCCACAACUCAUCCUGAUGCUCCUCAAGUUCUUAACCUGAUACCAACUUCCCCUGCUGCCCUUUGCAGAAACUACGGGAAAUGGAAGACAUCGACCGCAGAAGGAGUGAGGAACUUAGGAAGGCUCUUGCCACCACUUAGUCAGAGCGGCAGCGCAGCUCACUAACGCCGCAGCCCGCCCCUGUGCCAACCAUGUCAUCCAGGCCAGCCACUCAUGUCAGAUGGCUGCCCAGCAUGGCACUGUCAUAGACUGCAGAUGCUGCUCAGGGAUGCUGGGGACCACGGGUGGGGUCUCAGAGCCACCCAAUGACAGGGCUUCAAGUCUUCUGGGGACAGACACAGCAACAGUGAAGGCCCAAGUCUCACCACCUUGGAAGUGCGUCUGAGGGCAUCUGUGGCUCUCUUCCCACCACCUCCAGCUCCUGUUCCUGCUCAGGUGGUUUCUAGACUUGGGGAUGAAGACGAGCCUUCCCUCCCGCCUGUCUUAGGAUCUACUUAUUUGAUGACUUAAAGCCUUGGCAAAUAUUUAACAACAGUGAUUAAUUGGCCAAUAAAACACAUUUAACGUGGGUCA